AUGAAACAAUUCGUUGCGAUCGCUUUGAUCUUGGCAAGCAGCCUCUUCGCUUUAUCUAACGCGGCUCCGGCUCCUUUUGGCGAUACCAUUAAACAAUCAGCAAAUGGUGGUAACGGUGGUAACGGUGGUAAUGCCUAUGGAGGAAGUGCCUACGCCAAUUCCGGAGCCAUCGCUCUCGGCGGUCCUGCCAAGGGUGGUAAUGGUGGUAACGGUGGUAACGGUGGCACUAAUGUUGCCGUUCAGGACGUCUACUAA